GCCGGCAUAUCCCGAAGCUUCCUUCUUCAUAUCUCCCCACAGUUCCUGAAGAUAUUUUCUCUCCCCCGAACAUCCCCUCCACGGCUCCACCUUUGGAAAAUUAAAAAUAAACGGUGACAACAACAAAAGAACCGGUGCUUCUGCUUCUUUCUCUCUCUCUUUUUUUUUUGUUAAGCACAUUUGAUUUUUUGCUUAACUCUUCUUUUUUUGAAAGCAUCAUGAGUAUUUUGUAGUUUUGUUUGCUUGAAGAGAGAGAGGGGGAGAGGAAGUAGAGAUAAAGGAUUUUGGACGCAGAGAUGGAUCGGGAGGGAGGAUCCCACGGCGGAUCUUGUUAUUACUCCGUUCUGGGGAUUCGUAAGAACGCCUCCUUCUCUGAUAUACGCACUGCUUAUCGUAAACUCGCUCUGAAAUGGCAUCCGGACAGAUACGCCAGAAAUCCGGUAGUCUCCGGCGAAGCCAAAAGCCGGUUUCAGCAGAUCCAAGAAGCUUAUUCUGUUCUCUCCGACGAAUCUAAGAGAUCAAUGUAUGACGCCGGUCUUUACGAUCCCUUGGAAGAAGAAGAUGAAGACUUCUGUGAUUUUAUGCAAGAGAUGAUUUCGAUGAUGAACAAUGUGAAAGAUGAGGAAGACAGUUUUGAGGAUUUGCAAAGGAUGUUCGCCGAUAUAGUCGGCGGAGAUGGCAUGAGCUUUGACGUUAACAACGAUCCGACGGAGACAAAGAGGGCACGUGUCACUUCAUCUAAAGGCAACGCAGCGAAACGGAGCAGUUCCCGCCGUUGACUUAUCCUGCAACCCCCUCUUGUCUUACUAAACUUCUUUCAUUACGGAAUUGGUUUUAGGAGCAAAGUUAAGGACCAUGGUGAAACUUGCAAAAAUGUUGUCACUUAUUUUAUAGAUUGUAAUAAAAUCUCUCAAUUUCAAGAUUUAAUAUAAUAACUUUUUUAUGUAA